AUGAUGACGUAAGUAUUGUCCCCAGGUGCACCAAGCAUCACCGCCACUGGGUGGGGUCAGUAUGUUGAGAUGAGAUGAACUAAAAAAAACAACAGCCAUAUUUCUCACUUCUUUCAUUCUAAUAUUCAUUCCUUCUCUCUCUCUCCAUUAGUUUCUUCUCUCAUUCACUUUGAACCUAUUAUAACCCUUCAUGGUCAGUCAUAACCAUCCCAUGCAGCUCGCCCCUUGACCCCUCCAUGUAAUAAACUGAGAUUUUUAGGAAACCAAACAAAAAAAAAUGAUUUCCCUGGAAGAAGCAGUAAUUGAUGAUCAUAAUAGACACCAAACUGAAUUACUACUCACAGAUGUUGUUAAUCUCGAUGAAACCGGUGAUGACGAGGACUACAACAGUGCCAAUCAUCAUGCCGGAGAGUGGCUUAACCUGAGUCUGAGUGGUACUAGUAGUAGUAGUAACAGUACUAAUAUACAAGCUGGAGACUCAGAUCAGCUGCAACCAAGGGAAUCUGCACCUUCUGGCAAGGUAUUUUCAUGUAACUUUUGCAUGAGAAAGUUUUACAGCUCCCAGGCAUUAGGGGGCCACCAAAACGCCCACAAGAGAGAGAGAGGCGCAGCCAGAAGGUAUCAAUACUCUCACAGGUCGAUGAUGUCCAUGAUGAGCUUGGUGCCCAUCAACACUUCUACUACUUCUAUGGUCAGGUCGCUUGGCGUUCAUCCCCAUUCGUUGGUCCACAAGCGUGGCUGCAACAGCAGGCUUGGAACUUCAGUUGCAGCCAGAUUUGAUGAAGCAGCUGCUGCUGGGCUUGGAAUGGUAUGGACAACUCCAUUUCCGCUUGAUGAUGCCAUGGAUUUGAUAUGGCCCGGGAGCUUCCGGAUGGAUCAUCAACAGGUAGUAGCAGAGCCCAAGAUAGAACCUCUCAAGCUCGACUUAAACCUCCGCCUCUGAUUAUAUAGAAAUAUAUAUGUAUAUGUAUGCAUAUAUAUAUAUAUAUAUAUGAAUAUCAAACUUCCACUAUUCUAUGCAAGUUUGUUUUUCCAUAAGAGGAUCAAGGUGAUGUUUUUGUUCAUUUACCAAGUACAAAACUAACGUAUUUAGGUAGAAGAAGAACCUAGCCUACUGUGAACAGGCAGUACCAGGAUGGAAAUUAGUUCUUACUCUUCGUGCCUGUAAUCGUACCUACAAAUUAAAGAAACACCCAACCAAAAAAGUCGAAAGCCUAUUUUCACUUUUUGUCAGUGUUAGUUUGAUCCCACUGUGCAUGGAACAAUAAAUCCAGUGCAAUACUAUGCUUAUAUGACACUGAUUUUGGACUUAUUCCAUUUAAUCCAACUAAUUUAAGAUUGUCUUUUGUUAAUUAUUCAA